AUGGGCCUUGUCGACUAUUCCGACUCGGAGGGCUCAGGCUCCGAAGCCGAAGUUCAAGCUCCUGUCAAAUCAGUCCCCAAAUCAUCUGCAUCUUCCAAGAAGCCUUUCCAAAAGGUUGUCGAUAGAUCCAACCCUGGCAAAAUCGUUGUCAGCCUACCUCAGCUCGCCAACGAUAAACCGAAAGCCGAAGAAACUCCAGAAAAACGGACCAAGACUGCCGUUGGUGGUAGGUUCUCCGGUUUCAACUCGUUUCUACCAGCUCCCAAGAACGCGAACAAGCCCAAGUCAGUGGCGUCGAGCAGUUCGACAACGAGACCAACCUUUCAGUUCAAGACUAGCGCAGCUCCAGGAUUCAGUAGAGAAGCAGGAGGCGAUCUGAACAAUUCAGGUGACAAUGCAGACGGCAUGAGCCUACCGACACCGAAGGCUGCCACGCAACCACAGAUACCUGAAGGACAAAAACCAGCGGACGAGGUCAAGUUGGUGGGCAAGCCAUUGAUGUUCAAGCCUCUGUCUGUGGCAAGGAACCCCCAGAAGAAGAAGAAACUGAACUCAGGGCUGGCAAAACCAGCGCCUGCUCCCACAGAUGAACAGGCUCCGUUGAAACCGGUUGAGGCAACACCAGAGGCCACGCCAGCCGUUCCCAAGAAGGUGUCGCUGUUCUCUUUGCACACAGAAGAGCCUUCUGAACCUGCAGAAAAGAGUUCCUCGGGAACUUACGAACCAAUGUUUGCGACAGCAGAAAGCUCAUUGGCCUAUGAUGAAGGCGCAUAUGGCGACUAUGCCAGCCAUGCGCAAGCAGGUCCAUCUGCAACAACGCUACCAGGCUCUGAGUCCCUUGAUACAGUAGUCGAGGACCUAAACCUUACUGCCGCUCAAAGAAGAGAACUCUUUGGUCGCAAUGGCCUGGGCAACCAAGCAGCCAAGAAAGUUAUCAAUUUUAACAUGGAUAAGGAAUACAGACACAACGAAGAGAUUCGGGCCGCAGGAGAGGAACAGACUCACAACCCUGUGCGCGCGAUCCAAGGAGGUGGGAAGCACAGCUUGCGCCAGUUGGUACAGAAUGCACAGAGUCAGCGUGAAGCUCUUGAGGAUAGCUUUGCUAAGGGGAAGAAUAACCGAAAGGAGGCAGGGAGCAAGUACGGAUGGUAG